CACAAGAGGAUCUCCCAAACAUGAAGAGGUCAGUUCAGCUAUGCCUGAUAGGAUUCUUCUGGGUCCUCACCAUCCUAUGCCAGGCUGAAAACUCAUGCCCAGAGGUGAAGGUGGCAGGUCUGGAAUCCUCAGAGAAGGUCCUCAUAAUCCAAGGGUGCUCAGGAGUUCCUGGAGCCCCAGGACCCAAAGGAGAAGCUGGCAUUUCCGGAGAGAGAGGACCGAAGGGUCCUCCAGGGAACCCGGGCAAAGCUGGUCCAAUGGGAAGCAAAGGAGAAAAAGGAGCCCCAGGGAUGUCAUCUUCCUUUGGGGCACAGGAUCUGGAAAACAUGCUGUGUAAAAAUGGACCAAGAACUUGCAAGGAUCUGAUAGAUCAGGGGAAGAUCCUGAGUGGCUGGUACACCAUCUACCCCCAUGACUGCACUCCCAUGACUGUGUUGUGUGACAUGGACACCGAUGGUGGGGGAUGGACUGUUUUCCAGAGACGAGCUGAUGGGUCUGUGAAUUUCUUCCGGGACUGGGCUGCAUACAAGAGAGGCUUUGGCAGUCAUCUAGGGGAAUUUUGGAUGGGGAAUGACAACAUCUACCAUCUGACAACUCAGAGAAACAAUGAACUCCGAAUCGACCUCCAAGACUUCGACCAAAACCAUUUCUUUGCCAAGUACACAUCAUUCCAGAUUCUAGGAGAGACAGAGAAAUACAAGCUGAUCCUGGGAAACUUUGUGGAUGGGAAUGCAGGUGACGCACUGAGCUACCACAAUAACAAGCCAUUUACCACCAAGGACCAAGACAAUGAUGAAUACGACUCCAACUGUGCCGAGGUAUUCAAGGGGGCCUGGUGGUAUGGAAAGUGCCACCAGUCUAAUCUCAAUGGGCUCUACCUCCAGGGAAACCAUGAAAGCUAUGCCAAUGGAAUCAAUUGGGUCUCUGGAAAAGGGCACAAGUAUUCUUACAAGAUAUCUGAAAUGAAGUUCAGGCCUGUCUAACCCCAGAUACUCUUCAGGACCAGACUCUUAGGGGGAAGGAGCUACACAGGGAAUUGUUGUUGUUUGAUGUUGUUGUCCCCCCACCAUAGUUGGGGGGGUCAGGAUGGAGCAGAGAUGCUACUGCUUUUGGGGGGGGCAGUGUGGUUUAAAGGUAAUGCUACACAAGUUUUAAAGGCGUGGAAAUGGCUUAAGAAUGCCUUUGGCUCAAUUUCUUUCUCCACCAUCCUCUCCACUCUAUUCCCACGACCACCACCCCAGGGCAGGCCCUCAUCCCCUCAUAUGCAUAUUAUCACAAUAACCUCCUGACUGGUCUCCCUCUUUCAGUAGUCCCCAGUGCCCCAGCAAUCCUUCCAAAACACAUCUCUGCUCAUAUCUGAUGUUAGAUGCAUAUGCAGCUUAGAUGGUCCCAUGGCUACAGCACUAGGCCUGGAGUCAGGAAGACCUGAGUCCAAACCCAGCUUCCUUUGCUUUGUGGCCGUGUGGCCCUGGACAAGUCAUCUAAUCUCUUUUUGCCUCAGCCUCUUCAACUAUAAAAUGGAUGUAAAAAUCAUAUAAACCUACGUUCUACAGGGUUGUCAUGAGGAUCAAAUAAGAUAUUUGUAAAAACACUCAGCACAAUCCCUGGCACAUAGUAGGUGUUAUAUAAAUGCUCAUUCCCUUCCCUUCCCUCUUCCUCAAAAAUCUAAAAUGAUUUCACAGUGCCCACCAAAUAAAAGCCUAAUCUCAAUUUAACCUUU